AUGACGCUGCUUGUCAAAAACCGACGACCUUCUCGAUUGUUUUCUUGGAUAUCGCAAAUUGCUCGCAGGGCGAGUGAUGCAACUUCCAUAAACACCACCAACAAUGUCGUCGAACAGUGUCCUCCUUCCAACAUUGCCCCACCUCGACGCUCAACCACUAUAUGCUGCGAACGUACACCAUCAGCUAGUCCAAGUGAUACCUUGUCAACGGCAUCCUCUAUUCAUCCAAAGGAGUUCCUGAAUGAUGAUUGUAAUAACAACAACAACAAUAACGACAUGUCUCAAUCAUGCCAUACACGUAGUAGAUCUUGUCAUGAGAGCUAUAGUCGUCGUCAAAACCAACAUCAGCCUUUAUAUGCAAGCAGUGAGCAUGACGAGGAUGAAGAUGACAUGGAUGAUAGUGACGGAUCUACAAUUAUUGGCACGACCCUACGACGACCGGCAUCGGUGUUUUCAUUGCCGACCACAUCCAGCCAUCCAUACAAUGCUAAUCGACAUAGCAGUGAUCCUGCACCACCACGUCUUCGAUUAUCAUGCGAUCUCGAAUUGAUGCGACUUACACCACCACCACCCUCAGCAUCAUCUAAACGCCAUACUGGAUGGCCUAGAGCUGAUCGAAUGAUCAUAAGACAUGAAUUAAUCCGGUUGGCAUUGAAUGGAUUGUACUACAGCCCGGUAGAUUUGACAGAUGGUUGUCGUAUACUCCAUGUGGGGUGCGGCGAUGGUUCAUGGUGUAUCGAUAUGGCAAAAAAGCACAAGAGGUGCACAGUGAUUGGCAUUGAUGAUCAUGACGUGAUCGAUCGCAACAAGACCCUCCCGGACAACUUUGAGUUUAUGCUUGCAGAUAAAAACUUGUUGCAUGCACUACGUCAAUUGCCAGAUGGCAAGUUUGAUUUUAUCUUUGCAAGGUUCUUGAUAUUCUCGUGUACACCGGAUUUGUAUCGUGAAAUGAUUCAAGAAUGCUGGCGCCUUUGCAAACGCCGAGGUUUUGUCGAAAUGAUGGAACUCGAUAUGCAAAUGUAUGGCAACCCACUGGUGGGACCACUCACCCAAAUGCUAAAUUCACAAGUCAUCCGCCGUAUGCAACAACGUGGAUCCGAUCCCCACUUUGCCCGCCACCUUCAAGACUUUUUCUUCUUUCAUGAACUUGUCGAGCAAAUGCAUCAAGGCCAUGGUGAUGCCUAUCAUGCGAAAUACACAUCCUUACCUUUGGGUGUAUGGGGUGGUCGUAUUGGUGUCAUGUUUCGAGAUGAUCUACAUGAUUUGAUUGAAGCUGUUCAUGCAAACGAUGACGAGCCCUGUUAUGAUCCAUGGACCGAUCAACGCCUUGAAGCCAUGUUGGAUCGGGUGGAUGAAGAACUUGAAACGCAUUGGGCGUUUAUGAACCUGCAUCAUGCCUAUGCACAGCGGAUGUGA